GGGCGGCGGUGAGCGGCGGCGCGGCGCGGCGCUGCCGGAGGAUGAGCUCCGGUGCCUGGCGGUAGUUGCCCCGGGUGGGAUCGCGCGGAGGAGCCGUACCUAGCCGUGGCACCGCAGCCUGCAGAAAUGGUAGACUGAGCUUAGCACAUGUCCAGGUUAAAAUUGCAUUCUUCAAGGAGUAUUUGAUGGAUUAUUCCUAGAGACUUCAAAAAGGUAAAUUAAAAAAUUAUUCCAAUCUGAUCACCACACAAACACUGUUAUUUUAAUGUUGAAGACUCAGACAAAAGUGCCAUGGAUGUGAAAGAGAGAAAACCAUACCGAUCUCUGACCAGGCGCCGUGACACCGAGCGACGCUACACUAGCUCCUCGGCAGAGAGCGAAGACAGCAAAAUACCCCAAAAGUCCUACAGCUCCAGCGAGACGCUGAAGGCUUACGAUCAAGACUCCAGGCUGACCUACAGCAAUCGGGUCAAAGACAUGGUGCACCAGGAAGCUGAUGAAUUCUGCCGAACGGGAGCCAACUUCUCUUUGCGAGAGCUGGGCCUUGACGACGCCAUGCCCACACAUGGGACUUUAUACAGGACUGAUAUAGGGCUGCCUCACUGCGGCUACUCCAUCAGCGCUGGCUCAGAUGCUGACACCGAGGCAGAUGCCGUCAUGUCGCCGGAGCACCCGGUGAGGCUCUGGGGACGCAAUACUAAGUCAGGCCGCAGCUCCUGUCUCUCGAGCCGAGCCAACUCCAACCUCACGCUCACCGAUACGGAACACGAAAACACUGAAACUGGUCCUCCUUUGCAUUGUUCAUCUGCUUCAUCAACCCCUAUUGAGCAGUCCCCUUCCCCUCCCCCUACCCCUGCGGCCAAUGAGAGCCAGAGAAGGUUGCUAGGCAAUGGUGUGGCCCAGCCAACCCAGGACUCUGACUCUGAGGAAGAGUUUGUCCCUAAUUCAUUCUUAGUUAAAAGUGGCUCUGGAAACCUCUGUGUACCUGCCAAUGAUCAUCCUCCGGGUCUUCAGAACCAUUCAAGACUGCGAACUCCUCCACCUCCACUACCGCAUGCUCACACGCCAAAUCAGCAUCAUGCAGCCUCCAUCAACUCCCUAAACAGAGGGAACUUCACACCACGUAGCAACCCCAGCCCUGCUCCUACUGACCACUCUCUUUCUGGAGAGCACCCUGCCAGCACCCAAGAGCCAGCCCAUGCUCAGGACAACUGGUUACUCAACAGUAACAUCCCACUGGAGACUAGAAACAUAGCAAAGCAGACAUUCCUAGAGACAUUGCAGGACAACCUCAUUGAGAUGGACAUUCUCACCUCCUCCCGACAUGACGGUGCUUACAAUGAUGGGCACUUCCUGUUUAAACCCGGAGGCACCUCUCCCCUCUUUUGUACAACAUCGCCGGGAUACCCCCUGACGUCCAGCACUGUGUACUCACCUCCCCCUAGACCCCUUCCCAGAAGUACCUUCUCUAGGCCUGCUUUUAGUCUGAAGAAACCCUAUAAGUACUGUAACUGGAAAUGUGCUGCUCUGAGUGCCAUUAUCAUCUCAGUCACGCUAGUGAUCCUGCUUGCUUAUUUUAUCGCCAUGCACCUGUUUGGCCUAAACUGGCACCUGCAGCCGAUGGAAGGGCAGAUGUAUGAGAUCACGGAAGACACAGCCAGCAGUUGGCCAGUGCCAACGGACGUCUCCUUAUAUCCCUCGGGGGGCACAGGGUUAGAGUUACCUGACAGGAAAGGCAAAGGAUCCAGUGAAGCAGGAAAGCCCAGUAGUUUCUUUCCAGAGGACACUUUUAUAGACUCUGGAGAAAUUGAUGUUGGACGCCGAGCCACUCAGAAGAUUCCUCCUGGUAUCUUUUGGAGAUCUCAGGUGUUCAUUGACCAUCCAGUGCAUCUGAAAUUCAAUGUGUCUUUAGGAAAGGCUGCUCUGGUUGGGAUUUAUGGCAGGAAAGGCCUUCCUCCUUCACAUACCCAGUUUGACUUUGUUGAGCUCCUUGAUGGGAGGCGGCUACUUACCCAGGAGGUGAGGAGUCUGGAAGGACCUCAGCGGCAACCUAGAGGCUUUGUGCCAAUGUCCAGCCACGAGACAGGGUUUAUCCAGUAUUUGGAUACAGGAAUAUGGCAUCUGGCCUUCUACAAUGAUGGGAAAGAGUCCGAGGUGGUUUCUUUUCUUACUACUACCAUCGAAUCAGUGGAUAAUUGUCCCAGUAACUGCUAUGGGAAUGGAGACUGUGUUUCUGGAACCUGCCAUUGCUUUCUCGGCUUUCUGGGUCCCGACUGCGGCAGAGCCUCUUGUCCAGUACUGUGCAGUGGAAAUGGUCAGUACAUGAAAGGGCGAUGUCUAUGCCACAGUGGCUGGAAAGGGGCAGAAUGUGACGUUCCAACAAACCAGUGCAUUGACGUAUCCUGCAAUAACCAUGGCACGUGCAUCAUGGGGACCUGUAUCUGCAAUCCAGGAUACAAGGGGGAGAGCUGCGAAGAAGUGGACUGCAUGGAUCCCACCUGUUCUGGACGAGGAGUAUGCGUACGGGGAGAAUGUCACUGUUCCGUUGGCUGGGGAGGAACGAAUUGCGAGACACCAAGAGCUACCUGUAUGGACCAGUGCUCUGGACACGGGACCUUUCUGCCUGACACCGGGCUCUGCAGCUGCGAUCCCAACUGGACCGGACACGAUUGCUCAAUCGAGAUUUGUGCAGCGGAUUGCGGAGGACACGGCAUCUGUGUCGGAGGCACCUGCCGCUGCGAGGAGGGAUGGAUGGGCGCAGCCUGUGAUCAGCGGGCAUGUCACCCACGCUGCAAUGAGCACGGGACAUGUCGUGAUGGCAAAUGUGAAUGCAGCCCGGGCUGGAACGGAGAGCACUGCACUAUUGAGGGUUGCCCUGGACUGUGUAAUGGCAAUGGCAGAUGCACUCUGGACAUGAAUGGCUGGCACUGUGUCUGCCAGCUGGGCUGGAGAGGAGCGGGCUGUGAUACGUCCAUGGAGACAGCAUGCGGCGAUGGAAAAGACAACGAUGGAGAUGGCUUGGUGGACUGUAUGGACCCAGAUUGCUGCUUACAGCCUUUGUGCCAUGUAAACCCACUGUGCCUGGGCUCCCCUGACCCACUGGAUAUCAUACAGGAGACUCAAACCCCCACAUCCCAACAGAACUUGCACUCUUUCUAUGAUCGAAUCAAGUUCCUGAUUGGCAAGGACAGCACACACGUCAUCCCGGGAGAGAAUCCAUUCGAUGGAGGCCAUGCGUGUGUGAUCCGAGGUCAGGUGAUAACAUCAGAUGGAACCCCUCUAGUUGGAGUGAACAUCAGCUUUGUCAACAAUCCUCUUUUUGGCUACACAAUCAGCAGGCAAGAUGGCAGCUUUGAUCUCGUCACUAAUGGUGGGAUUUCCAUUAUCUUACACUUCGAGCGGGCUCCCUUCAUCACGCAGGAACACACGCUCUGGCUACCCUGGGAUCGCUUUUUUGUAAUGGAAACCAUAGUCAUGAGGCAUGAAGAGAAUGAGAUUCCAAGCUGUGAUCUCAGCAACUUUGCCCGUCCCAACCCCGUGGUCUCCCCGUCCCCCCUGACAGCAUUUGCAAGUUCCUGUUCCGAGAAAGGCCCCAUUGUUCCAGAAAUUCAGGCCCUGCAAGAGGAGAUUAACAUUGCUGGCAGCAAAAUAAAGCUGAGCUACCUGAGCAGCCGCACGGCUGGCUAUAAGUCAGUCUUGAGGAUCAGCAUGACCCAUCCCACCAUCCCCUUCAACCUCAUGAAAGUCCACCUUAUGGUGGCCGUAGAAGGACGCCUCUUUAGAAAAUGGUUUGCAGCUGCGCCGGACCUCUCCUAUUAUUUCAUCUGGGACAAGACGGAUGUCUACAGCCAGAAAGUGUACGGACUGUCAGAAGCCUUUGUUUCCGUGGGCUAUGAAUAUGAAUCAUGUCCUGAUCUGAUCCUGUGGGAGAAGAGGACGGCGGUCCUUCAGGGUUAUGAAAUUGAUGCUUCCAAACUCGGAGGAUGGUCCCUGGACAAACACCAUGCCCUCAACAUACAGAGCGGCAUCUUGCAUAAAGGAAAUGGGGAAAACCAGUUUGUCUCUCAGCAGCCGCCUGUCAUAGGCAGCAUUAUGGGCAAUGGACGCAGACGUAGCAUUUCCUGUCCAAGCUGUAAUGGCCUUGCAGAUGGGAACAAGCUCCUGGCUCCUGUUGCCCUAACAUGCGGAUCUGAUGGAAGCCUUUAUGUUGGAGACUUCAACUACAUCCGAAGGAUCUUUCCCUCUGGCAAUGUCACCAACAUACUGGAGCUCAGAAAUAAAGAUUUCAGACAUAGCCACAGCCCAGCUCACAAGUAUUACCUGACAUCAGACCCAAUCACUGGCUCCAUCUACCUCUCUGACACUAACAGCCGACGCAUCUAUAAGAUCAAGUCGACCUCCAUCGUGAAGGAUGUUGUCAAGAAUUCGGAGGUGGUGGCAGGGACUGGGGAUCAGUGCCUUCCCUUUGAUGAAACCCGCUGCGGAGAUGGGGGCAAAGGCACCGAAGCAACACUCACUAACCCCAGGGGCAUCACUGUGGACAAGUUUGGGUUGAUUUACUUUGUAGACGGCACCAUGAUCAGACGUAUUGACCAGAAUGGGAUUAUCUCAACCAUGCUGGGCUCCAAUGACUUGACAUCUGCCAGGCCUCUCAGCUGUGACUCUGCCAUGGACAUUUCUCAGGUUCGUCUAGAAUGGCCCACAGAUCUGGCAGUCAACCCGAUGGAUAAUUCCCUAUAUGUCCUCGACAAUAACGUUGUGUUGCAGAUCUCUGAAAAUCACCAAGUGCGCAUUGUGGCCGGGAGGCCUAUGCACUGCCAGGUCCCAGGCAUUGAUCACUUCCUCCUCAGCAAAGUGGCAAUACAUGCGACUUUGGAAUCUGCCACGGCUUUGGCCGUCUCCCAUAAUGGGGUCCUGUAUAUUGCUGAGACUGACGAGAAGAAGAUCAACCGCAUCAGGCAGGUCACCACCAAUGGGGAAAUCUCACUUGUUGCUGGUGCACCAAGCAGCUGUGACUGCAAAAAUGAUGCCAACUGUGACUGCUUCUCUGGGGAUGAUGGCUAUGCAAAGGAUGCUAAGCUAAAUGCCCCUUCCUCCCUAGCAGUGUGCGCAGAUGGGGAGUUGUAUGUUGCUGACCUUGGAAACAUCCGAAUCCGCUUUAUUCGGAAAAACAAGCCAUACCUCAACACACAGAACUUAUAUGAGUUGUCCUCUCCUAUAGACCAGGAACUCUACUUGUUUGACACCAGCGGAAAACACCUUUAUACCCAGAGCCUACCCACCGGAGAUUACCUUUACAAUUUUACCUACACUGGAGAUGGAGACAUAACCUUGAUCACUGAUAACAAUGGUAACUUAGUCAAUGUCCGGAGAGAUUCCACUGGGAUGCCACUCUGGCUGGUGGUGCCAGAUGGCCAGAUCUACUGGGUGACAAUUGGCACCAACAGUGCUCUCAAGAGCGUGACAGCACAAGGGCAUGAAGUGGGUAUGAUGACGUACCAUGGCAACUCUGGUCUUCUUGCCACCAAGACCAAUGAAAACGGAUGGACAACAUUUUAUGAGUACGACAGCUUUGGCCGCUUGACCAACGUCACCUUCCCCACAGGCCAAGUCAGCAGCUUCCGCAGCGAUACCGACAGCUCCGUGCACGUCCAGGUAGAAACCUCCAGCAAGGAUGACGUUACCAUAACAACCAAUCUGUCUGCGUCAGGCGCCUUCUACACCCUCCUGCAAGACCAAGUCCGAAACAGCUACUACAUCGGUGCCGAUGGCUCUCUCAGGCUGAUGCUUGCUAACGGCAUGGAGGUAGCACUGCAGACGGAGCCCCACCUGCUGGCUGGCACCGUGAACCCGACGGUGGGGAAGAGGAACGUGACCCUGCCCAUCGACAAUGGCCUCAAUCUGGUUGAGUGGAGGCAGCGGAAGGAGCAAGCUAGAGGGCAGGUUACCGUCUUUGGACGCAGGCUGAGGGUUCACAACAGAAACCUGCUGUCCCUCGACUUUGAUCGUGUGACAAGAACAGAAAAAAUCUACGAUGACCAUCGCAAGUUCACUCUACGGAUCCUGUAUGACCAAGCAGGCAGACCGAGCCUCUGGUCUCCUAGCAGCAGGUUGAAUGGAGUUAAUGUGACUUAUUCCCCAGGGGGACACAUUGCAGGGAUCCAGAGGGGAACUAUGUCAGAAAGGAUGGAAUAUGAUCAGGCUGGCAGAAUUAUAUCCAGGAUCUUUGCUGAUGGAAAAUCAUGGAGCUACACUUACUUAGAGAAGUCCAUGGUGCUGCUCCUCCACAGCCAGAGACAGUACAUCUUUGAGUUUGAUAAGAAUGAUCGAUUGUCAUCCGUCACCAUGCCUAAUGUCGCCCGGCAGACCUUAGAAACCAUCCGGUCCAUCGGAUACUACAGGAACAUCUACCGGCCUCCAGAGGGCAACGCCUCCGUCAUUCAGGAUUUCACUGAGGAAGGGCAACUCCUUCACACCUUCUACUUGGGGACAGGGAGACGUGUCAUCUACAAGUAUGGCAAGCUGUCCAAGCUAGCCGAAAUGCUCUAUGACACCACUAAGAUUGGCUUCACCUACGAUGAAACUGCUGGCAUGCUGAAGACAAUAAACCUGCAGAAUGAAGGGUUCACCUGUACUAUCAGAUACAGGCAGAUAGGCCCACUCAUUGACCGCCAAAUUUUCCGCUUCACCGAGGAAGGCAUGGUGAAUGCACGCUUCGACUACAAUUAUGAUAACAGCUUCAGGGUGACCAGCAUGCAAGCAGUGAUCAACGAGACACCGUUACCUAUAGAUCUCUACAGGUACGAUGAUGUGUCAGGCAAAACGGAGCAGUUUGGUAAAUUUGGGGUCAUCUACUAUGACAUUAAUCAGAUUAUCACCACUGCCGUCAUGACUCAUACUAAGCACUUUGAUGCCUAUGGCAGGAUGAAGGAGGUCCAGUAUGAAAUAUUCAGGUCGCUCAUGUACUGGAUGACUGUGCAGUAUGACAACAUGGGGAGAGUGGUGAAGAAGGAACUGAAGGUCGGACCAUAUGCAAACACAACGAGGUACUCUUAUGAGUACGAUGCUGAUGGCCAACUGCAGACAGUGUCUAUCAAUGACAAACCACUCUGGCGUUACAGUUAUGACCUCAAUGGAAACCUCCAUUUGUUGAGUCCUGGGAACAGUGCCCGUCUCACCCCACUAAGGUAUGACCUCAGGGACAGGAUUACAAGAUUGGGGGAUGUGCAGUACAAAAUGGAUGAAGAUGGCUUCCUGAGACAAAGGGGGAAUGACAUUUUUGAGUACAACUCAGCAGGCCUGCUCAUCAAAGCGUACAGUAAAGCGAGCGGCUGGAGCGUGAAAUAUCGCUAUGAUGGCCUCGGAAGAAGAGUUUCUAGCAAAACUGCCCAUGGUCACCAUUUACAGUUCUUCUAUGCAGACCUGACCAACCCCACUAAGGUCACCCAUUUGUACAACCAUUCCAGUUCCGAGAUCACCUCCCUCUACUAUGAUCUCCAAGGCCAUCUCUUUGCAAUGGAGCUCAGCAGUGGAGAUGAGUUCUACAUAGCCUGCGAUAACAUUGGGACCCCUCUGGCAGUUUUCAGCGGGACGGGCUUAAUGAUAAAGCAGAUACUGUACACAGCAUACGGGGAGAUCUACAUGGACACCAAUCCCAAUUUCCAGGUCAUCAUCGGGUACCAUGGAGGUCUGUACGACCCCCUCACUAAGCUCAUCCACAUGGGGCGGCGAGACUAUGAUGUGUUAGCUGGGCGGUGGACAAGUCCAGACCACGAUAUGUGGAAACAUCUGAGCAGCAACAACAUAAUGCCUUUCAACCUUUAUAUGUUCAAAAACAACAACCCUAUUAGCAACGCUCAGGAUAUCAAAUGUUACAUGACAGAUGUCAACAGCUGGCUGCUAACCUUUGGUUUCCAACUACACAAUGUGAUCCCUGGAUAUCCCAAGCCAGAUACGGAUGCAAUGGAGCCAUCGUAUGAGCUUAUCCACACGCAGAUGAAAACCCAAGAGUGGGACAAUAGCAAGUCGAUCUUGGGAGUGCAGUGUGAAGUGCAGAAACAGCUGAAAGCCUUCGUCACCCUAGAGCGCUUUGAACAGAUCUACAGUUCCAGCAUCGCCGGGUGCCGGACGGUCAAGGAGAACAAGAACUUUGCCUCGGGAGGAUCUGUCUUCGGCAAAGGGGUCAAGUUUGCCAUGAAGGAUGGGCGUGUGGCCACCGACAUCAUCAGUCUGGCCAACGAGGAUGGGCGCCGGAUUGCAGCCAUACUGAACAACGCCCACUACCUGGAGAACUUGCACUUCACCAUAGAGGGAGUGGACACACAUUAUUUCGUUAAGCAAGGGCCGUCAGAAAGCGACUUGUCCAUACUGGGCCUGAGUGGCGGGCGGAGAACCCUGGAGAACGGUGUGAACGUUACAGUGUCCCAGAUCAACACAGUGCUCAGUGGAAGGACUAGACGUUACACAGACAUCCAGCUCCAGUAUGGCGCACUGUGUCUAAACACCCGUUAUGGGACCACCUUGGACGAGGAGAAAGCCCGCGUGCUGGAGCUAGCCAGGCAGCGCGCCAUAGCCCAGGCCUGGGCCAGGGAGCAGCAGAGACUGCGGGAUGGGGAGGAGGGCAUUCGCUCGUGGACAGAAGGGGAGAAGCAGCAAGUGCUAAACACGGGCCGGGUGCAGGGCUACGAUGGCUACUUUGUGAUCUCAGUGGAGCAAUACCCAGAACUCUCAGACAGCGCCAACAACAUCCAUUUUAUGAGACAGAGUGAAAUGGGCAGAAGGUGACAGAGCGGGUCAAUGCGGUGACUUCUUGCCAAAGACAGCUACUCUUUUGUGGCCACUUACCUGACUGUGUUGUACUCAAUCCUUUUUCUAAACUGAACCUGGCGGGGGGAGGAAAAUAAGGAGAGAAGGAAUAUGGUUGCACUGUAACUCAUGCAACAUCCUUUUUUUUUAUUUUAAAUUUGGCCUUCACAUGUGUUUUGCCAUGAACAGAAGGUAUAUUUUGCCGUAGUGUGAUCACAGUGAAAUUUACUCUUUUGUCCUUUUUUCCCUUUUGUGAGGAAUUUAAAGUGGGGAGUUGUCAACGUACAUCCAUGGGUUACUCGGUGUGAAGUGAGAAAUGGGUGUCUGUGCUAACUUGUUUCAUCCUAAUCCUUUUUUAUUUGGGACAGGGACAGAUAGCCUUCCCCCCGAAGAACAGCUCAGAAACGCUGGGCAUGCUGGAAACGGACGAUGACAAUGAUUCCGAGUCUCUCAAAGUGACUGUCUGAAUUGUGUGCCUCAAAAGAGAACUUACAAGGAGUUUUCACCUUUCACUUGGGACAGAAAGUGUUUCUUGGGCUCCUGCUGCACAGAAGUAGAUUAUAGUGGCAAAAGGAGCUGAAUAUAUUAACUUGCAAGAUGAUUCUCUUCCUUCCUGAACUGGAAUUAAAAAAAAACCCAGUCUUUUUCAUUAUGAUAGUAGAUUUUUUUUCUCUUUCUUUUUUGGUCCAUGCACAAAUCCUGUUUUUAGUUUAAAAAGCCAGUAAAGGCCAAGAAAGAUGCUCCCGCUCUAUUGGAAAACAUCCUCUCUCAUGCCUAGAGCUGUUCUCUAGGUGCGUUGAAUGCACCGAAUUUGUAGACAUAACCCCAUUAAAUGUGUAGUAUUUCAGUACACCAGGUUGUGUGUUCAGCGGUCCACUGGGCUGUGUCCGAUAAAGCAACUUCAUUUUUAGGAAGCUAAUUUGAGUCUGAAAGUAGGAUAGUCUCCCACGUACCAUUGAAGAGUGCAGCAAAUCCAUACUCCAGCAUUCUUGUUUUCGGGGCUGUCUUUAGUAGUCUGGAAACUGGUUUUC